AUGCCACUGUCUACUCAGCUAUGCUCGCCGCAGAUGUGGACACUAACAACCCCAAACAACCUCGCGAUCACUGAUCACCUUCCGGCAGAUAUCAUCAGAUGCUUGUGGGUCGUCCAGUCGCUAAACAUACGGUUCAACGAGCGCCGAGAAGAUCUCUACAAUAUCAUCAAUCUACUAAAAUCAAUCUCCAAGUUCCAGGUGCUCGACACCGAUGCGUCACUCGGCAGAACCCGUUCCAGCAAUGUUAAAGCACUACUUGAGUCUUUGAGCACCAUCAAGAUCUUCGAGCUGCAGAAGCUGCUGCUAUUACAACAAAUCAAACAAAUCGACUCUGAGAUAAGGAUGAUCCAUCAGGAAUCAAUAAGAGAAUCAGUAAAACUACGAUUGUUAUUAGAUUAUGCAAAACGCUUCCUAAACGCAUCAAGUUAUCAAUUGAUCCAAAUAUUGUUUUCGAGGUUUAAAAAUCAAGUUGAACUUGAAGAAUUCGUCGAUGCCUUUACUAAUUCUCAGAACUCUAGAGGGAUAGGUAGUUUGAAAACUGGAUUUGCUAAAGAAUACCCAAAUGUAACAACUCCGUCAACCUCGAAGCUUAAUACACUUCUCAAAUCCUCAUCUAGUUUACAACAACCUAAUGAUAGUAACACCAUUACAAGAUUUUCAGACUACGAUGAAGAAUUCCGACAGCUCAUUAAAUCAUCAUGGGAUUCUAGGAAAAAUGAGAGGAGGCAAUCGGAAAGAGACGGCUUUGUCCGAAAGCAAAUUGCUUUGUCAAUUAUGGCAAAAAAUGAAACCUUUGAUAGGUGCUUCAACUUAAAUGGUUACGAGCAGCCGAAAAUGAGAUUGGUCAUUCGCAACCCAACUCCUACGGACGUCGCAUCAUCAAAUAAGCUCAAAUUAAGAGUUGCCAACACCAAAUCUAAUGUUGAGUCGCUGGCCAGUGACUCUGAUUUUGAAACUCUGAAAUCACCACCUCCGCUUACCCCAAAACUUAAAUUAACCAUUAGAUCAGGACAUCCGCUAUCUAAAGAUCAUCUAAUUAAUGAUUUCCCUGUCUCUAAUAAUAUAUCAUCUAGGCUUAAAAGAAAAGCUUCCGGGUUGUCGGAGUCAAGCAAACUCAAAAUAAAUAAAAUUGCUGGGAAAAAUAAAUCCGAAACUUAUAGCUCUGCGGGAAGAUCACAGGCAAGUGGAAAAUCGGGGAUUGAACAGGAAGCAGAAGACCAAGAGGAAGUCGACGAAAGUGUUUUUUGUAUCUGUCGUAGUGGAUCUUCUGGUAAAAUGAUUGGUUGCGAUGAUGACCAUUGUAAAUAUGGAGGGUGGUUUCAUUACAAAUGCCUUAGUAUACCUAUUAAUUUUGAACCCGGGAAAAGAAAUAAGUGGUAUUGCCCAUGGUGCAGAGAUAAACAUUUAUCAAAACAAAAGCCUAGUGUUGAUAAACUGGAAAAGAAACCAAGGUUGCCUUCUGGCAAGGUCUCCUCACAAGAAGGUCCACAGUUACGACCAAGAUUGGAAGCUACACGUCCUUUGAGAACAAGAAACCGUGAGAUUGUUUCUAUCGUGGAUGAUAUUGACAGUGUAUUGCGUCACAAAAAGAAGGCCAAACCUAGUGACCGCAGCUUGAAGGAGCCAUUGGCAGUGAUAAAGAACACUGUUGCAAAGUCCAGUACUGAUAAUCAAACCGAAGUUAAAAAAAAGGUGGUGCAGCAUCCAAUCACUCCUGUGAAGAGGUCCUUGCGAUCCGGUGGUAAGGCAUUGGCUAGUCCUGUACUUGAAAGCAAGCCUAUUUUGAAAACCCCAGUAUUGUCUUCUGGUAAGAUAACCAAGGAAGAGGUGCCUUCAAGAAGGACACUAAGAUCCGCUGGCAAUGUAUUAGAUGUUGCUGUUCGCUCAGUGGAAGGAAAACCAAUGAGGCUGUUAAGAUCAUCGGGGUCAAUUAAUGAUGGUGUUGGACCGAUGGUGCCAUUGUCUACCCUUCCAACAAGAUCUUUACGUUCUGGAAGAAAGACUGCUAUUUCGCCUAUGGUCGCGAAACCUUUGUCAAAGUUACGCUCGGCCAAAAAAGUGGUGUCAUCAUCAAAAUCACCAACAAAAGAGGCUGCUGGUGUUCGGAAAUUUCCCAACAGAGCAAAAGUGCACCCUUUAAUUUCAACCCCAACAAAGACCAAGACACAAACAAAACAUCAAGUCAAAACCCCAGUGAUCCUGGGAUUUGUGGAAACGUUCCUUAAUGACGGCUACUUUAGUCCGUUAUCUGACAUUAACAUUUCCGAUAAUGAGUAA